AUGGGAUAUCUGCUGAAAAGAUUGUCAGUUGGGUCUAAUAAAAAAGGAAUUGAUAGAGUUAGAUAUCUGCUGAAAAGAUUGUCGGUUGGGUCUUCUUCGGUGGCCUCCUCGCGAUAUACGGUUUUUAUUAUUGAUGAGUGUCACUUGUUAACCUCCAAGGCAUGGAUUGGAUUUCUCAAGUUUCUAGAAGAAACGCCUCAGCAUGUUUUGUUCAUAUUUAUAACAUCAGAUAUUGACAAUUUGCCAAGAACAAUUGAGUCUCGACGUCAGAUGUACCUUUUCAAUAAAAUUAAAGACGGGGAUAUUGCGACAAGGUUAAAGAAACUAUCUACUCAGAAGAACCUUGACAUCGACACAGAUGCCCUGGACCUUAUUUCCAUGAAUGCAGACGGUUUACUUCGAGAUGCAGAGACAAUGUUAGAACAACUUAGCUUGCUGGGAAAAAGAAUCACCACUUCUCUUGUCAACGAACUUGUUGGAGUUGUUUCAGAUGAAAAACUAUUGGAACUUUUGGUUGUAUAA